UCUCAGGCAUAUGUUCUCUCGCUGCAGCGCUGUAGCGGGCAGAGUGUGGGUGCCUGACUGCCAGUGGAGCCAUCGUUUCUCUCUCUCUCUUUUUCUCUCAAGCGAAGUGCAGCCUGAUAUAUCGAGGCUGUUUACGUUGUCUUUUAACUUUUGAAGGGCCUGUGGAACAGCGUGCUUGAAUGUUUUUAAAGGUAUGACAGACUAUUUUGUCAAACCGAUCCCUAAAUGAACCGGAGCAGAGUAUCGAAACUAUGGCAUAAAGCGCAAUGACGGCACAGUCAGACAUUCACUGGUGAUUGGAGCUGGGUAAGCAGUGAUGAUGCGUUGUCUGGCAGCCCGUGUUCACUACAAGACCCUGAUAGUGAUCUGCGCUCUCCUCUCUCUGCUCACGGUUGUUCUGUGGAACAAGUGUACAAGUGAGAAAGCGCUGCGCUUCCUGCCCCGGCACCCCCAGCCGCCUCCCAGCCCAAAAAUAGACAGCCAUCCGCAGCAGCCCCAGCCCCCCGAACCUCCACCUGUGGUCGGCGGAGUGCGCUACGAAGAGAUCGACUGCCUGAUCAAUGACGAUGUCACCAUUAAGGGCCACCGAGAAGGCAGUGAGGUAUACCUGCCCUUCAGCUGGAUGGAGAAGUACUUUGAGGUGUAUGGCAAGGUGGUACAAUACGACGGCUACGAUCGAUUUGAGUUUUCACACAGUUACUCCAAAGUAUAUGCCCAGAGAGAGCCGUAUCACCCCAGCGGAGUCUUCAUGUCCUUUGAGGGGUAUAACGUGGAGGUGCGUGACAGAGUCAAGUGCAUCAGUGGAGUGGAAGGAGUACCUUUGUCCACCCAGUGGGGUCCUCAAGGGUAUUUCUAUGCUAUCCAGAUAGCUCAGUAUGGCCUGAGUCAUUACAGUAAGAACCUGACAGAGCGGCCACCACACAUGGAGGUGUAUGACACAGCGGAGGAGAGAGACAGCAGGUCCAGCGCGUGGACUGUCCCUAAAGGCUUUUCUCUCACCAGAGUCUAUGACAAGACCAAAGCCACUUCAGUACGACAGUUCAGCGCUCCAGAAAACUCCGAGGGCAUCUCACUUCCUCUUGGCAACUCUAAGGAUUUCAUCAUCUCUUUUGACCUAAAGUUUACAUCUAAUGGUAGUGUCUCUAUCAUCUUGGAGACCACAGAGAAAGGUCCUCCGUUUGUUAUCCACUACGUCACCACCACCCAGCUCAUUUCUUUCAAGGAGCGUGACAUCACCUACGGGAUCGGCCCUCGGACUGCAUGGACCACGGUCACCCGUGAUCUUCUCACCGACCUCCGCAAAGGCAUUGGCCUCUCCAACACCAAAGCAGUCAAAGCCACCAAGACCAUGCCACGGCGUGUGGUAAAGUUAGUGGUGCACGGCCACGGGAUGAUAGACAAUAUCACAAUCUCCACCACUUUGCAUAUGGCGGCUUUUUUCGCCGCCAGCGACUGGUUGGUGCGAAACCAGGACGAGCGCGGUGGUUGGCCGAUCAUGGUGACUCGUAAACUCGGGGACGGUUUCCGUGCUCUGGAGCCGGGUUGGUAUUCGGCCAUGGCACAGGGGCAGGCCAUGUCCACUCUAGUGCGUGCUUAUCUGAUGACAAAAGAUGAUACGUACCUAAAGGCUGCCUUGCGUGCCACCGGACCUUUCAAACUGCCAUCGGAGCAGCACGGCGUCAAAGCUGUGUUCAUGAACAAGUAUGACUGGUAUGAGGAGUACCCCACAAUCCCUAGCUCCUUUGUUCUCAAUGGCUUCAUCUAUUCCCUCAUAGGCCUGUAUGACCUGGCACAAACUGCAGGUGAGAAGCUCGGUCGGGAUGCAGGCCAGCUGUACAGCAAGGGGAUGGAGUCCUUGAAAGUUAUGCUGCCUUUGUACGAUACGGGGUCGGGCACCAUCUAUGACCUGCGCCACUUUAUACUGGGCACGGCGCCCAAUCUGGCUCGUUGGGACUACCAUACAACGCACAUCAACCAGCUCCAGCUACUGGGUACUAUCGACAACUCGCCCAUAUUCAGGGACUUCGUCAAGCGCUGGAAAAGCUACCUGAAAGGAGGGAGGGCCAAGCACAACUAAAGCGGAGCACACCUCUACGUCUCUUCAAGCCCUCACAUCCUCUUCCCGACUGCCGCCAUGAGGGCCAUGGUGUCUAGCGAGGAGAAAAAGAUGGCUGAACACUUCGGUAGCCCUCUGACUUUUCAGUUUGAGACCGUAAUUGCAGUGCUUCUUGUGUAGGUGCUGAGGUUUUAAUUAAGUACAAACGCAGCUGCUUGCAGCAUGUGUCUGGAUAAGGAAGAGGGAGGGCUUAUGUAUUUAAAAUUCAAAGCUUCAGAUCUGCAGGUUUGAGGGAGAAACACGUCUGCUGAGAUUUGCCACGUUUGGGCUCACUUCAGUCAAGAUUAGGAAUGGCAAAGCAGCUUUCCAAACCUUCUUCCAAGAAAAGCUCGGAAAAGAAUUGGUCAUCUGAGAAAUAAAUCUUAGAGAACAAACUUCAGCUGGAAUAGUUAUUUAAGUUCAUAGCCUGUGAGCAGAACAUUGCAUAUAAUGCAUAUAUGCUUCGGAUAAAAAUGCUGAAAAUGUCCUCAAGUGUAGCAUUGAUAUAUUUCACAGAGCACUGAAGGUUUACUCUGUCGGCUUGACAUUGGAAGGAAACACAACGCCUUUUGUUCAACCCACUGUCUAGCCUUCAGUCUGCAUUUCAUGAUCCUUUGCUCUGUCAGACCCUUCGCCACAAUCAGAUUGAGCUGUCACGAAUGCAGCCCAGUCCUGCCCAUAAUGCACUUAAAGCUUAAGAAAGGUGGUCGUAGGUCAUUUGCUUCCUGUUUACAACAGAUUUGGGGAAACAUUGCUGUAGUUAAGACACCACUGUCCUGGACUAACAAACAUAGAGGCUGCUUUUUGAGAAAUCUGAGGGACUCUGAAUAGUCAUGUAGCUGGUGUUCAUCCCUGUAAGACGCCAAACCUCAGUUAAAUUGUGCUACAUGUAGACUGGUCAUGCACUUUACUUGUGUGGUGUGUGUGUGUGGUGAAGAUGCAUAUAUACAACCAUGUGAUGAAUUAUGACUUAAUUUUUGACAUCAAUCCAGUUUUCUUUCUCUCUCUCAUCCUUAAUGGCAGUGAAUCAUUUAUAAGGGAAUUUUUAGGUUUUCUUUAUUGGAGCUGUACCAAUUUCUUCAAACACAAUUGCUGUAAUGUGGAGCAAAAGAAUGAGAAUGUUUCUUUCACAUUCAGUUGAAUAACUUGCAUCUCAGGCAAGCAAACAGUGCUGUUUCAUGUAUUAAAAAUAUACUAAUGAUCAGUACUUCCUCGUCAAAGUAUAGAG